AUGCUUACCAGAAAGCAUAAACGGCAGUUUGCUAGGUGGCAAAAGAAAACUGAUCGUCAUGACUAUGCUGCUGCUGCUGCUGCUGCUGCUGCUGCUGCUGCUGAUGAUGAUGAUGAUGAUGAUGAUGAUGAUGAUGAUGAUGAUGAUGAUGAUGAUGAUGAUGAUGAUGAUGAUGAUGAUGAUGAUGAUGAUGAUGAUGAUGAUGAUGAUGAUGAUGAUGAUGAUGAUGAUGAUGAUGAUGAUGGUUGUGCCUGUAGUGAGCACGGCGUCGGAAAUGAGGUCACUGAGUACUCAUCCGUGGAAUUCCCCCUCCUAUCACGUCCAUAA